AUGGGAGAUUUUCAACCAGAAGGAAUGAACGAAGAUCCAGGCUACCAAGGUGUGCGCGAAGCAAUGAAUCACCAAAUCACAGCGCACGGGACGGUCCAACAGAAUGUGUCGAAUACAAUUGCAAAGACUGGCCCGGUCAUGCGGGAUGACCUAGUGGCGUCCCCUUCUCCUAUGGAACAAGUACUAGCUAAGAGAUUGGCCGAUGUGGAAGCAGUGAUGAGAUGCAUCCGAGGAAUGCCGGUCCCAACCAAGAAGAGCGGAAUAAGCAGGGCAGAGAAUACAAUAAAUAACUUAACUAUGUCUGCCUGGGAAUUGUGGAGAGAAGGAGCAGUGUUAGAACUAGUUCAUCCAAAAUUACGUGAUUCAUGUUUUGAAGACCCAGUUUUGAGAUGCAUUAAUGUGGCCUUGCUUUGUGUAGAGCACAAUCCAGUGGACAGGCCCUCUAUGUCAGCUGUUAUUUGUAUGUUAGGAAGUGAUGUUGUAAAAUUAUCAAAGCCAAAGCAACCAGCAUUUUCUACUGAAAGAAUACCUGUUGAUCAAGACAAUUCCAAGGAAAUUAAGGCAGAGAAUUGUACAAUAAAUAACUUAACCAUGACUGCAGUUGAUCUUGGAUGUUACAUGAAGUCUGAUGCAGGAUGGUGUUUGUGUUUUGUUCAAUACUUGUUGCUGAUUUUUGCAGUUGUUUUUGGAUGUUUCAUGAACUCUGGUGCAGGGUCUGUGUGA